AUUGCUGUCAGAUUAGCCUCAGCAGACGACGAGGAAGUCGUGGAUCCUGACUGUUCCAGUUUAGCUUCAGUUCCCUCCAGUUCGAGACAUAGUUCCAGAUACACUCGCUGCAUACUCCUGCUAGGCGCCUCGCUCGUCCAAUUUCCAGCCUUAGAUGGAGACAUACCUUUGGCCGUAGAGAGGAUUGUUGGGCUGUCCGGUGAAGCAAACCCGCCAUGCGUGAAUACAAGCUAGUGGUGUUAGGCUCUGGAGGUGUGGGCAAGUCCGCUCUGACAGUUCAGUUUGUACAGGGAAUCUUUGUGGAAAAAUAUGACCCUACAAUAGAAGACUCAUACAGAAAGCAAGUGGAGGUAGAUGGGCAGCAAUGUAUGCUUGAAAUUCUCGACACAGCAGGCACAGAGCAGUUCACAGCGAUGAGGGACUUGUACAUGAAGAACGGCCAAGGCUUUGCCCUGGUAUACUCCAUCACAGCACAGUCCACCUUCAAUGACCUCCAGGACCUGAGAGAACAGAUUCUACGAGUAAAGGACACAGAGGAUGUGCCGAUGAUCCUGGUCGGGAACAAGUGCGACUUGGAGGAUGAGCGUGUGGUGGGGAAGGAGCAGGGCCAGAACCUGGCCAGACAGUGGAACCACUGUGCCUUUUUAGAGUCCUCUGCUAAGUCAAAGAUCAACGUCCUCGAUAUCUUCUAUGACCUGGUCAGACAGAUAAAUAGGAAAACGCCAGUGGAAAAGAAGAAGGCGAAAAAGAAAUCCAACUGUGUCCUGCUUUAAAGACCCCCACCCCUCCAGCCCCUGCAGCAGCUCUGAGCCAGAAAUGCUGUAAUGAAGAACUGUUGCCCUGAUUGGAACGUGCCAGCAUUCCAACAGCCCCACCCCCCCUUCCCUCCAUCAGCCAUAAAACGGUGAAUCAGCUGACUGAACUGCUCCUAUCGAAGACGAGGAUGAUCUACAUGAGAGAGAGAAAGAGAGAGAGAGAGAGAGAGAAUUAAGAGAGAGAGAGAGCGAAGACUCGGGUCUCUCGCCUCCAAGGACCUUCCUCUGUGUCUCAGUUUCAGUGUGAACCCUGAAUGGACAGUCUCCAUUUCUGCACCAACAAACAACACCACAAACUUAUGAUGAUGUUAAAAGCCUCUGAACGUAUAGAAAAGUGUCCAUGAGCCGCCUACGUGGCCAGAGAGCAGCCCCUUAUUUCAUUUUUUUUGACAGUUUAACAAAAAGAAAAUAACAGCGUAAAGAAGGAAAACAAAGUUAGAACUUGGAUUCAGUAUUUUUCAUCUUUUUCAAUAUCAAUAUCGUAUUUGAAAGACAUGGAAGUUGACCUCUUUUUAGUUGUAUGAUUAUAAAUAUUCUUCAAAAACGAGCAUGAAAAAAAUGCAUCAGUUAUUAAGUGUAGAUGUUUUCAAGUGAAAUCAAGUGGAAAAGUGAGAAUUUUUUUUAUAGCCAUACACCUAUUCUCCAUGCCUGUCAUGUCAGUGAUGAUAGAUCAAGGUCUAUAAUAUGUAUUAUUAUUUUUAUUAUAUAUUUUUUUCUUUGUUCGCCCUGUUGUUCAUCAUGGACUUCUCUUCUGCGAAUAUCUCUCUCUGAUGUGACUUAAUUUUAUACUCAGUCACUGGGAUUUCAUAGCUCCCAUAAUAUAUUCUAAUGCCAUUUUUUGCAUAACAAUGCUUCAGAAAAAAAUGGGUCUUUUAUAGAAGAAAUAUGGGGAAAAAAAUAAGGAUUGAUUUCUAUGUCUCUUGAAGCUGAAAUAUAUUAUACUAAACCAACUCUAAUAAUGCUUCUUGUGUUUUUCUGUCAAUGAUGUUCCAGCUUUUAUGGAUUAUUAAAGUACAUUUUAGUACAUUUUCAUUAUAUUGGUCAAUGUAUUUUUGUGAAUUAAACUUUUAUCCAAA